UUGCCCAUUUCAAAAAUGGCCAAAGAGCCCCUAUCCGCCCUUAAGAAAAAUGGCAGUCAGGACACAUCAGAAAUAAACAAACAAACAAACACGCCGCCUUUCCUGAGUCUAUGGGUUGUGUUAGAGACAGAGGUGUUAGUUCUGAAAGGGAAAUGCAUCUUUCACAUGAAAAGCCGGCGCAGAGCGUGUUCCCUAACCCAAUACGGACCUCGGCUGGCAAAAAUUGCUUCGAUGUCUCGGACCUUCCAUUGCAGUACUGUGGAUCAGUCUGGUGGGACCUGGAGAGUGAAGCACGGUUUCCCUAUAAACCCUUCACAUUAUGGACCCUUAACAGACCUUCCUGACUGGUCGUUUGCUGAUGGGCGGCCAGCCCCACCGAUGAAAAAUUAUCUCCAUCGGAAGGAAAGGAACGAAAACUUGGCUCGUCGGGUAGCCAUGAUCUCCGCAGAAAUGGAUCACGGGAUGGAGAAGUGGAAAGCUAAGCAGAAUGAACGAAAGCAACAGGCAGAGGAAAAGCGACGCAACAGACUUCAACCUAAAGGAAGCUCCCAAGAGCAAGACCCCAAAUAAAUACUCCCCCCCCAUACACACCCCUCCAAUUUGGCGCUUGA